GAAAGACAGACAGCGAAAGGAAGAAGUAGAAGUCUUGCUUGCAAAAAAAAAAUUGUUCAUAGAAUGUCGAAUGAUAUUAGUGAUAAAAUCCAGAUAUUGGAGGCUCGUUUAAUAGGCAAAAAUGAGUCCAGUGAGAGCAUCGAUAAACACCCAUUCGACAAAUCCCGGCCAGGAAGCGGACGGCGCCCGGAUACUUUGGGCGAUUCCGUCCGUGCCCGAAAGCCUUUGGUUCUCCCGGUAAAGGGAUUUCAGAACAUGCACUCCUACAUUGAACCAGAAACUGAAAACAAAUUGAGGACCAUUAUGAAACGAAGUGGUAUUCUGUGUAUCGAUGGCAAAGAAUACCAGACAGAUAUUAAAGAUCUGGAGGAUAUGGGAGAGCUAGGCAAUGGGACAAGUGGUCAGGUGGUCAAAAUGCGUCACGUAGAGAGCGACACAGUCAUAGCCGUUAAGCAAAUGCGCCGUACGGGAAAUGAGGAGGAAAAUAAGCGGAUAAUCAUGGAUUUAGAUGUUGUGCUCAAAUCCCACGAUUGCCCGUAUAUUGUACGAUGCCUGGGAUGCUUCAUCACUCAGACAGAUGUAUGGAUCUGUAUGGAGUUGAUGGCAACGUGCUUCGAUAAGCUGCAGAAGAAAUCAAAUCUGCCAGUGCCUGAAGAGAUUCUCGGAAAGGUUACAGUUGCGACCGUGAAAGCACUAGCCUAUUUGAAAGAUAAGCACGGUGUUAUCCACAGAGAUGUGAAGCCAUCGAAUAUACUGAUUGAUGAGAAAGGUGUUAUCAAACUUUGUGAUUUCGGAAUUAGUGGAAGACUAGUCGAUUCAAAGGCCAAAACACGAUCAGCUGGAUGCGCUGCAUACAUGGCGCCCGAACGUAUUGAUCCGAAAAAACCAGAAUACGAUAUUAGAGCUGAUGUGUGGUCUUUGGGGAUAACAUUAGUCGAACUGGCGACUGGCUCUUUCCCCUACAAAGGCUGCAAAACAGAUUUCGAAGUGUUGACCAAAGUUCUGGAGUCAGAUCCUCCAUCACUGCCAACUGACCAAGGUUUCAGUGUCCAAUUUCAGGAUUUCGUCAAUAAAUGUUUAACGAAGAAUUCACACCGUCGCCCAAAAUAUCCUGAACUUCUGCGACAACCAUUUCUAAAAUACUAUGAAGAUCACUAUGUGGACGUCCCAUCGUGGUUUUCAUCAGUAAUGGAAAAGGCUGGACUUAAAUCACAUCGCAGACUAUCGCCUUCACACUUGCAAUCUGAAGCUCAUAGGACAAUAGUAGCACCAUCAAGUAUACCAAAUUAUCAGCAAAGUAGUAGCAGUAAUAGUCAUCAUGGCCAUAAAAUAUCUUCAUCGCCAAUUUCACCCCCAAAAACAUCAUCAUCAUCAAUUGUCUCACCAAGUGCAUCAGCUGUUGCAGCAGUAAAUGAAACAGACGGAGGUUUCAUUAAGGAGGUAGAAGUGGACAAGUCAAGGAUACGUUACGAUGAGAGUUUCUUUGGGAAUGUCGAUGGGAUUUCACACAAAAGUCCCACAGAGGUGGCAUCGUGUAAAUUUCCCGAAGAUGGAGAAGAGUUGAAUAUGUCGACAAAUUCACAGAAUAAUCACGAUGUUGUGAGUGAGAUGAAUAAAAUGUACAGAAAAUCCCCAUUUAUGCAAAGGCGAAAGGAAAUUGGGGAAUAUGGGAGCCCACGAAGGGAAUCAAUGUUGAGCAAUCUUGGUCACAGCUUCAUUCGCAACAUGACAAGUUCUCCGUUUAGUCAGAAGAAAAUGACAAAUCAAGCGAGGCAAAUUGAGAGGCAGCAUCAAUUGGAGAUGAUAAGAAAUCAGACGAGACCACCAGAUGCAGAUGAGAAUGGUUUUUGCAAUUUCUACGGCUCAGAUUCACCAUUACCCCUGAGGAGGCCAAUGCCAAAUCAGCCGGAUUCCCCACAGAUGCGUCUACCAGGAAACACUAGUCCAAUUGUGCUUCAACGCUUCUAUCAUCAGCAGAGUCAAUUGCGUGAGCGACAGCUCGAGGAGGAGGGGAAAGUCCAUCAAGAGAACACAAAUCCCUUUCACAGUGAUAUGCUUAAAUACCAAACAAUUCAGCGAUCUCAUGUACCAAAUGUUGGUGUCAUGAAUCCCUUCCAUGAGCAUCAAUACCACAUACAUCAGCACAAUCAACGCGGAUUUGAUGAUAAGAUCAAUCAGCAGCAUCCAGCUAAUGCGUAUCAUCAGCUAAAUACUAAUAGUCCAAAGCAUCAGUACCUCUUUAGUAGUUGUAGCAAUGGCAAGAAGAAUUCAGUUCAGCCCACAUCUUCGGGAUUUAAUCCAUCAGGUGGGCAUGCGACGACGGACUUGGUGGGCGGCAUCGCGGACUACACAACAAGAAUGGACCACAAUAUCUAUAGCACAAGUUCAAGGGGAAGAAAUUCACCGUCAUCAAGUCUGAUUAAUGGAUCAACGACAGGUGAUGGUAUUAAAGAUGACACCGGGUGGUUCAAUUCGAUUGCAGGUGUUGUAAAGCGACGUUUUGCAUCGUAUAUGAAACUCCAUUUGGCAUCAGGUGAACGUGGUGGUGGUGGGGGCGAUCGUGGACGCCACAAUGUGAAUUCCACGCCAUCAACUACGCACAGUACACCAACGCAUACGUCAACAAAUCCCUUUUUGAUGCAAGACCAAAGAGCACCACCAGCUGUGCCCAUCCAACCACCUAGUCCGCAUAUCCUAAGUGGUGUCGAUAGGCGCCACAGGAGUCCUGAUCCACCGCCACGCUACAAUCGUGGGCAAUCACCACUUUUGCUCAGGCGGAAUCUCUAUGAGAUGGGUCAACUUCCACCGGGAUCACCAAUAAUGUCCAGGAGGUAUUUGUCUUCAUCACCACCUGUGCCACCACCAAGACGUGGUUCCGAAAGUGUUCCUGGUUCACCCCAACAUUUCCGUACACGUAUCCACUACACCCCUGAGCCGCAGAGACGAUUCUAUCGACAUAUUGACCAAUGAGUGGGACUGCAAGUGAUGAUCCUCCGAUCAUCAUAUGGUUUCUGAUAAACUUUCUCAUCCCCACAGAAGCGCAAGAAGAAGAAGAAGACAUGCUUGAAUGUGGCUUGUUGUUGUGUCGUUAAAUCAUCCCAUAAUCACUUUAAAAAAAAAUCACAUUCAAUUUCCCCCGGAAAAAAUUUAGCACGUGUAGGAAAUGAUAUAAAAAAAGGAAAUUCUCAGGUGUCCUUUGUAAUGAAGAAGAAAAAUCAUUUUUAGAAAGUCAUCUGCCGCAGAAUCAUCGUGUUAGUUUUGUAUACGUGAGAAAUCAUUAUUAAAUGGUCAUCAUCACUACUGCCUCACCAUAUCUGAUGGAGAGACACAAAGUUUAGGUGGCAAAAUGAUUCAGUUUUAUUUUUUUUCUCUAAACUAAUUUGUAUGAAAAAAAAAGAAGAAAAAACAAUGUAUUUUGCUCUAAUAUGUAGGUGAGAAACGAUAGUGCGAAAAAAAAUACACAUAAUAUAAUAAAAUUGAAUGACUGACUUGUAGGAAAUAGCUUCUUAUAAAAGAAAUGAAGAAAUUAAUAAUAAAAAAAAAACUAUUUAUACACCGGAUAAAAAUCAUUGUGAAUAGAGAGAGAGAGAGAGAGUGUCCCAAUUACAUUUUAGUGACAUAGGAUUGUAAUGUAAAAGAAUAAAAGUUUUGCGAGUUGUAUAAUAGGUAUUAAGACUAUAUUCUGCAUUAAUGUACAUGGAUAUGUAAUAAAAUGUAAUGUGAUUAUUGA